AUGGAAGGUGCGUCGUUGCAUCCGGCGGUUCUCCUCCUCGUGGGCCUUCUCCUGAGCCGCGCCGGCUCCAGCCCUCCGCCGGAGCCGGUGAACUGCACCCGCGGCACAUCCGACUGCACCGUCACAAACGUAUACGGCUCAUUCCCGGACCGCACCAUCUGCCGCGCGGCCAACGCCACCUACCCGCGCACCGAGGAGGAGCUCGUGGCCGCGGUAGCGGCGGCGGCGGCGGCGAAACGCAAGGUCAAAGUGGCCACCAGAACCUCCCACAGCUUCCCUAAGCUGGCCUGCCCCGGUGGCCGCGACGGCACGAUCAUCAGCACGGAGCGGCUGAACCGAAGUGUUAGCAUCGACGCCGCCAGCGGCCUGAUGACGGUGGAGAGCGGCAUGGUGCUCCGGGACCUAAUCCAGGCCGCCGGCGCGGCCGGGCUCGCGCUGCCGCACUCGCCGUACUGGUAUGGACUCACCAUCGGGGGCCUCCUGGCAACGGGCGCGCACGGGAGCUCGCUGUGGGGCAAGGGUAGCGCGGUGCACGAGUACGUGGUCGGCAUGAGGAUCGUCACGCCGGCGCCAGCCAGCCAGGGAUUCGCUAUUGUCAGGGAGCUCGGCGCCGACGACCCAGACCUCGACGCGGCCAAGGUCUCCCUCGGCGUCCUCGGCGUCGUUUCCCAGGUUACUCUGGCGUUGCAACCGCUGUUCAAGCGGUCGGUGACGUUCGUUGAGCGCGACGACUCGGACUUCGCGGAGCAGGUGGCCGUGUGGGGCGACCUGCACGAGUUCGGCGACAUGGCAUGGCUGCCCCGGCAGGGCAAGGUCAUCUACCGCGAGGACGACCGCGUGGACGUCUCGGCGCCCGGCGACGGUCUCAACGACUACCUCGGCUUCCGCUCCAACCCCACGCUCGGGCUCAUCAUCGCCAGGGCCGCGGAGGAGCGGCUGGAGGAGGACGGCGACGACACCGCACGGUGCCUAGCCGCGCGGUUACCGGCCGCGGCGUUCGAGCUGCAGGCGUACGGUUUCACAAACGACGGCUCCUUCUUCACGGGAUACCCGGUGGUCGGGUACCAGCACCGCAUCCAGGCGUCCGGCACGUGCAUCAACGGCGAGGAGGACGGGCUGCUUACCUCUUGCCCAUGGGACCCCCGCAUCCGGAGCCCCUUCUUCUACAACUCCGGCUUCAGCGUCGCACUCUCUAAGGCGCCGGCAUUCAUCGCCGACAUACAGAAGCUCCGUGACCUCGACCCGCGCGCCUUAUGCAGCCUCGACGCCAAGCUCGGCGUGCUCAUCCGUUACGUCAAGGCUUCCUCUGCCUACCUCGGCAAGACGGAGGACUCGGUCGACUUCGACAUCACCUACUACCGGAGCUACACUGAAGGCGCGCCGCGAGCGCACGCCGACGUGCUCGACGAGCUCGAGCAGCUGGCUUUACGAAAGUACGACGCAAUCCCUCACUGGGGCAAGAACCGCAACUUCGCAUUUGACGGCGCCAUCGCCAAGUACCCCAUGGCCGGCGAGUUCCUCAAGGUGAAGGACAAGUAUGACCCGGACGGUAUCUUCUCCAGCGAGUGGAGCGACCAGGUGCUUGGCAUCAAUGGGAACCCCAACAUCAUAGAUAAGGGCUGUGCCAUCGAAGGGCUAUGCAUCUGCUCCGACGAUUUGCACUGUGCACCAGAGAAGGGCCUCUUCUGCAGGCCGGGCAAGGUGUAUGUGGAGGCGAGGGUUUGCGCGUCCCAGCCAGUUUCCGACAGCGCGAGCCAAGACCACCACGAUGAACUGUGA